GGGGCGGGAGGGGGACGGGGCGGCAAGGCGAGUAAUGUUGUUGGGAGUCACCUGACUACUCUCGCCGCAGUCGGGCCGCAGCCUCUGUGGCAGGAACAGCCGAGGCAGGGGGAGCGGGAGGAGGAGGAGGAAGGCGGCGAGGCGGUGAAGGCGGCUGCCGUCCGGCCCCCUUCCGGCCCGCGAGUGAUGGUGACGGUGCCCGCGCCCGUGCCCGCGCCCGCGCGGAGCGGCAGCGGAAGGCGCUGAGGUUUCCUGGUACUCAUGGACCUGUCCUUCUCACUGCACUGGGCAUGUUGGUGUAAGAGGGAGGCAUGUCCCAGAUUUAGAGGAUCAUUUCAUUAGCUUGUUUUAUUCUGCAGUCAACGAGGAGAUUUGAAGAACAGAAGCAUGCUUUCCACUGAGACUUACACUAACAUUUGUGAUACAGAAUGUCUCUAAGUGAGAAGAAUAGCGUGAUUUUUGCAUAUGAGUCUUCAGUACACGGUACCAAUGUACUCCUCAAUCUCAAUGAUCAGAGAAAGCAAGAUAUUCUUUGUGAUGUUACUAUUUUAGUGGAAGAUCAGCGAUUUCGGGCUCAUAAAGCUGUGCUUGCAGCUUGCAGCAGUUACUUUCUUUCAAGAAUUGUGGGCCAGUUGGAUUCUGAUCUUAUCAUCACUUUACCGGAAGAGGUAACACUUAAAGGAUUUAGUCCUUUGCUUCAGUUUGCAUACACAGCUAAACUUAUUUUAAAUAAAGACAAUGUGUGUGAAGUUUGCAAGUGUGCUGAAUUUUUGGGUAUACGUGACAUUGAAGAAUCUUGCUUUCAGUUUCUCAAAUUCAAAUUUUUGGAUUGUAAAUCAGAUCAACAGGAAUGUCCCAGGAAGAAAUGUUGUACACAGCAUUGUCUGAAAACAAACCCUAAAAUCGGCAAUGUGGAUGAUGGAGAUGUAGAAAUAGAAGAUGAAGCAGAGGAACUUAUAGAAAAAGAAUGUAUUCAAACUCCUCAGACAAAGCUCUGUAAAGAUGAAGAAAAUGCUAAAACGUCUCCUGCUCUGCAAGAUAAUACUAACCAAACAUGUGAUCCUGUACAUUUAGAAAGGGGUAACAUUUCAAGCUCAUCUUCCCUAUGCCCAAAGUAUAGGAAGUUCCAAAAAGCUUUUGGAAAUGACAAAGUUCACACUUCAGAACCCAGUUCCAGUAUUAAAGAUAUUCAGGUGCCACCAAUUGCAACUUUUCUUGAGAAGGAAUUAUCUGAUAAUGAUAGCAUACAAAAAGCUCAGGAGUGUGCACUUAUGCAGCUGGUCUCAAAAUGUGAAGAGACUCAGGUAAAAAUGGAAGAAGGGGAGGAAGAGAGUGAGAAAAAGGAAGAAAAAAGAGAUUCUGUGACUCAGAGUGUUUCAUGUCCUAUGGAGAAAGUGGAUGUUGCUGCUUUUCCCCAAAACUCUGCUGUACCUCAUGGACCUAGUUCUGUGUCUUUUUUACAUACAUGUGAGCAAUAUGGUGACUUGAAUUUCAGUGGUAUGCAAAGCAACACAGUCUUAGCUGAAAAAAGUAUAACAGGUACUGGAGUGAGGAAUGACAAAAUUGAAAGUCAAGAUGCUGCACCUUCAAAGGUUGAUUUGUGCACUAGAGAAGCCAUUAACAUUACAUCAGCUGGUGAUCGAAGCAGUGUGGAGAGAGAAGUAGCAGAACAUCUAGCAAAAGGGUUCUGGAGUGAUAUUUACAGUACAGAAGCUUGCCAAAUACAUUUACCACCUGCAGUAGCAAAAGAAUGCUUGGAACCAGUAUAUUCAGGGAAAAAAUCAGAGUGUCCGUGGCUGGGUAUCAGGAUCAGUGAAAGCCCUGAACCUUGUCCUCAAAGAACUUUUACAACAUUAAAUUCUGUCAACUGCCCCUUUAUAAGCAACCUUAGUGCUGAAGGAUGCUCCAACAGCUCUGAAAUAAGCAGUGGAGAGUAUGUUCAAGGACAGCAACAAGAACAGUGUCCCUAUAAUUACGUGAUAAGUUUGGGAGAGGAUUCGGAGACUGACACUGAGGGAGACAGCGAAUCCUGUUCAGCAAGAGAACAGGAUUGUGAGGUAAAACUGCCAUUUAAUGCACAAAGGAUCAUUUCACUUUCUAGAAAUGAUUUCCAGUCAUUUCUGAAAAUGCAUAAAUUGACUCCUGAACAAUUGGACUGUAUCCAUGAUAUCCGAAGACGAAGUAAGAAUAGAAUUGCAGCACAGCGAUGUCGUAAGAGAAAACUUGACUGCAUACAAAAUCUUGAAUCCGAAAUUGAAAAAUUGCAAAAUGAGAAGGAGAACUUGCUGAAGGAGAGAAACCACAUUUUGUCAACUCUGGGUGAGACAAAACAAAAUCUGACCGGACUUUGCCAGCAGGUGUGUAAGGAAGCAGCCUUGAGUCAUGAGCAAAUACAAAUACUUGCAAAAUAUUCUUCCUCAGAUUGUCCACUCUCAUUUUUAUUCCCCGAGAGAGAACGAACAGCUCCAGCUGAUAGUGAACUCGUGAUACCAUUGUGUAUGGAAUUAGCAGAUGGUCUUUCAGGUGUUACAUCUACAAAUGAGCAGAGUUCUUGUUAUCAGUGUGUGAAAGGUGUGUGUGAUGCGACUUAUAGUCAAGUACAAGAACUGCAUCCAGUUUCAGUAACAACAUUGGAGAAAACCUCACUUGUGGAACAAUGUGGACAGAGUGGUGGUAUCACAGACUUCUGUCAGCAAAUGACUGACAAAUGCACUACAGAUGAGUAAAUCUGUUCUCUCUCUGUGGCCAGGCUCUCAACAUUGCAACUUAGAGUGAGGAUUGAGCAUUAUUGUAAAGUAACUUACUAAAUGAUAGAAAAGAUGAAACUCUAUCUUUUGAAACUACAUGAACAAGUACAUGGUCAUUAUGUUACUUGGCAAGCUUUUGGGUUUGCUCUGUGUAGUUCUGGAAGAUAAUUUGUAUGUCAGUCCUGGAGCUUUUCUGUGUGGGGAUGCCAAGGAGAGUUCAGGUAAGUUGAUUGAAAGUAUAAACUGUAUUCAUAGAUGUUUUUUAUGAGGAAGCUUUCAUUCAGGUAUAGAGUAGACUUCACUCUGAUUUAAGCCACAAUACCUAAUGCCACUCUGCAUCUCAAGAAAAAUUCUCUUAAUAGAUGUUUAAGCACACUAACUUCUGUGUGUGGAGGUCUUACCUCUUCAGGUUCCCCUCCCUGCAGUAGACGAACUCUAAGAAGUGUAUAAAGCUCUGAAAAUGUUUUUGCUGUCAGUGGGUUAAGAUAACACAACACUGAGGAGACUCUGGCAAAUGGACUCUGGAACACUUCAUUACUUUGCUGCUGUUCCGACCUCUGUGACAACACCGGUUUUAUAGAAUAUAUGAAAUUUGCCUUAGCUCUCCAGUUUGUAGUUAAGCUGUUUGGAAUGGCUAAGGUGCAGAAGCCUACUCUGUUUGAUCCUUGUGGAAGGAGUGACAACAGACUGGAAAAGACAAAGUUUGAAACCGGUGCAGCUCUUCUCUCAGACAGUGUGCAUUGGAUCCUCUGGCAUCUAAAUCCCAUAUGCGUGUUAAAAUGCUGUUCAUUGCUGUAUAAUGACUUACAGUCCUAGCACCUUCUAGCUCACUAUUCUUUGUGAUGAGUUGGAGUUAAAGUAUUGUGAAAGGCUAAAGGCAGAUUUUUUUUCAAGGUAUUUCAGGCACCAAACUCUAAUUGACUUUAGUGCUUAGUUGUGUUUAAAGUAACCUACAAAUGUAUUUGUUCUCCGAUCCCUGGGACCAGUAAAGAUCUAUUUUAGAAUUUUAAUCUUCAGGAUGCUUUUAUGGAUAAACCUGUAGUUAUUUCAAAUGGCUUGUGCUACAAGUAUAAACAUAUUAAAAAAAAAAAAGUAUAAUAAGGAUAUGAGCUGGAGGCAUUUCCUGCAUUUACUUUGUGAGGAAGAAAUUCAGCCACUAAAAUAAGAGCAAUGGAAAAUAAUCUCUGUUUAUAGAUUUUUACAUUAUAGUAGAUGCAUAUUGUAUACUGAUGAUUUUGUUAUUUAGAUGUUAUUCUCACAUCAGAAUUAAGUAUUGAACCUCACAACAGAAAACUUUUUUGGCUUUGCUGGUUUACAAAACAUGAAGAAUUUUGUACAAGCCAGUGGAAUUCUUCGUUUCCUACCUCAGAAUGUACAUUAGAUUUUUGUGUCUUUGUGUGCAUGUACAGUAGACAGCAACUAGAGCAAAAGACUAUUGUAAAUACUGUUUUGCAGUUAUAUCUUGCAAUGAGAUAAAAAUUGCUAAAGAAACUUUUUGGCAAAUUUUUUUCCUUCCUCUUUAUAGGUAACAUAGCAUUAAUAAAUAUAUUAAGAAUAUUAGGCCACUUAUAAAAAAGUAAAUAGAUUGACAGAUCUCGACAGUGCUUCUCAUAACCAGCAUGUAAUACAAGUGACUACACUACCUCAUCCAUGGAAUUGAAAGUUAAUUCAAAUCUUCAGUGAUAUCCUUGGAUUUUCAUCAUAUAUCAUUACUUUUUUAAGGGGAAAAUUUAUAUUAAUGGAGCAUAGCUUGUAUAAAUCACAGUGCUUACAGUAAUUGAAGUUUAGAAAUAAAUGCUAUAUUACAGACUUCAUGAGAGUUCUACCGCUUUGAUUGUAUUUUCAGAUAAUUGAAGUGAAGUUCUUUUAAAUAACUAGCAUUUAUAUUUGUUGAUCCUUUAUAAGGUGUUACUCAUGAACCUCUUUGUGUCUGUUCUCCAGCAUCUGUAUAUCCCCAGUUAAUUUAAUCCUUUUUCCCUCUCAUGCUGCCAUGCUGGGUGAUAUUUUGCUUCUAAGUCUGUUAUAUUAUUUAAAAACAAACCAACAAGAAACAGUAAAAAAAACAAACAAACAAAACCCAACAUCCCCUACAUCUCCCCAACCCCCCCCUACUAUCCAUCCAUAUAUCUUUUAAAGUUGGUGAUAUUCUGAAUAACAUGGAUGAUGACAGUAAAUCACUGUCCUAUCAUACACAUACUCUAAAAUGGAAUUCAUUUGGUUAAAUGCCUUUGUUAUAAAGGGGUGGAGCAUAUAUUUAUAGAAUAACUGGCUGGAGUCUUAAGCAUACCCAGUGGCUUAAACCACUGACUUGUUCGGGUAUGGACGGUGGAAGACAGGUCAGUGAUUACCAACUUUAGAAGCUGGAAUAUCUACCAAAGAGCUGUGCUCCAUUGCUACAGUAUGAUAAUCAUCCAGUGUCUGAAUUCCAUCCAGUAAACCUUACAGGGCUUCCAGUGCAGAAUUAAUGUCUGUAGUUUUUCAUCAUACCCCCCAACACAAUUCAUAUUGUGUAUUUAAACCUCUAAUGAACUUGAUGAAGUUUGAUGGUAGGUGUUUGCCUAACCAACUGCAUCUAAAUAAUUUUUAAAAUAUUUAUUUAAUACAGUAGACCUACAGAUUGCAUGUUGACUUCUAUAGGUGCAAACUUGCAAAAGUUAGGAAUGAAUGACAAUUUUAUGAUACCGAAUUCUCAGGUAAAUGUUUUGGAGUUUUUUUGGUAAAGAAAUACUCAAUUUUUGAAAUUGUAAAAUACUUUGUUAAAGCAUGUUUUAAAAUACUUUGGACAGAAUAUCUUAAAGCCAUAAGAGUAUGAUGGCAUACAGAUUGUAAAAUAAACAGAUAAUUACAACCGUUGAUUUUGUAUCUUUCAUAAUCCAGUAUUUUUUAAGUCUACAAUAAAAACCACUAUCCUUUCUAUAAA